GUCAGAGAAAAAUGAUGAAAAACAAUCCAGCUUCUCUCAGAGCUGAUGUCUGUUGGGUCUCCAAAGAGUAGAAAACAACCACAGCUGAAGUCCUUCUGCAGAUUUUGGAGGUUUGGAGAGAAGAUGACUUCAAAAAGUUCAAAUGGUACCUGAGUCAAAAGGACCUGAUGGAAGGUUUGAGAGGAAUCCUGAGGAGUCGGCUGGAGAAAGCAGACCGGAAGGACACAGUGGAUCAGACGGUCCAGCUCUACUGCACCAACACCGCCUACAUCACCAGGAUGGUGUUGACGAAGAUAGAAAGGAAUGAUCUGCUGGAGAGGCUGAGCAAUCUGCCAGAAGUCAGGGGUCCAGGAGAGCACAGGGUCCCCGAGAGCACAGGGUCCCCGAUGAGCAUAGGGUCCCCGCAGACCACAGGGUCCCCGCAGACCACAGUGUCCCCGCAGAGCACAGGAUCCCCGCAGAGCACAGGGUCCCCGAAGAGCAUAGGAUCCCGCAGAGCACAGGGUCCCCGCAGACAACAGUGUCCCCGCAGAGCACAGGGUCCCCGUGUCCCCGCAGAGCACAGGGUCCCCGCAGAGCACAGGGUCCCCGCAGAGCACAGGGUCCCCGCAGAGCAUAGGAUCCCGCAGAGCACAGGAUCCCGCAGAGCACAGUGUCCCCGCAGAGCACAGUGUCCCUGA